UCGGUUUCGACCCGGACGUCUUAGCCUAACGGAAGAACUUUCGGUGUACAAUUUUGACAUUGCGAGCUUUGGGAGUUUAUCAUGGCGUCAUUGUCUUUAAACACGAUAAAGCAAAUAAUGCGAACCAUGGCAGAGUGUUCAGGCUUCGACAGAGUAAUGAAUAAGGUGGACCUCCUUGCUGCCUCGCCGGGCAAAGUGGUGUGUGAGAUGCGGGUGGAAGAGGAGCACACCAACCGGUUAGGGACGAUGCACGGCGGACUGACGGCCACCCUGGUGGACAUCAUCUCCACCCUGGCCAUCAUGCACAGUGAGAGGGGAGCCCCGGGGGUCAGCGUCGACAUGAACAUUACAUACAUGAACGCAGCCAAGGUUGGGGAAGAUGUUCUUAUUACCGCUCAGGUUCUAAAGCAAGGGCGCACGCUGGCCUUUGCCACUGUGGAUUUAACCAACAAGGCCACAGGGAAGCUUAUCGCACAAGGAAGACACACCAAACACCUCGGCAGCAGCUGAGCACACUCCGUCACAUUGCGUGAACACACAUUAACCUUGUAAAUAUUGACACAGCAUUCUAAGAAAGUGAACCAUUCACACGCAUGCAGUAACAUUAAAAAAAAAAAGACGUGGACAAGAGUGUUGCUUUCAGAUUUUGCACUGUAUUGGUAUAUGCUCAGCAGUAUUGAUCAGAACAGAAAAAACAAGUUAUUUGCUUCAAACCUUCUCAACUGGACACACUUAAGUGAACAAAAAACAAAAGCAUUAUUUCAUAGUCUUUGACAAGCGAGCCCCAGUUUGAUCAAAUUAUCAGUGAAAUGUUAGGUACAUUAUUAUUAUUAGUAAGCAAGUGAUUUGACUUUUACCAGCAGCCCUCAUCUCCAAAAAUAAUCAAAACAUCAGUAGCUUCAGUGAUUCUGGUUAAAGUUUGGUGUCCAGCAAAGAACUAGAGAAGCAAGAACUACGCUAUGACGUGAUAAUAUUGUUCAUGGCUGCUUCCACGCCUUCCUUGGUCAAAGAUUGUGCAAAGUUGUUCCAGUAACAGCCCUCCCCCGAUCUAGUCUGCACAACUAACAAAAACAACACUUCCACACUCUUCUCUUAUGACAACAAGGAUAAAGAAGACGUCCACCGUCGUGUUUCCUGUUUGGAUGCAACAUAAAGAGUUCCUGCCAUGGACGACAACACCUGCUGCUGCUGAGAAGAACCACUUCAAAAUCAAUGUUCGUGCAGGUUCACGGAAAAUAACAAAUGGAUGUUGAAGGGGGAUGAAGG